AUGGCGGUGAUCUGGGUUCGGCGGCUGAUAAUCCUUGUCACGCUCGUGACACUGGCCUCAUUCACUGCAUGGGCCGUGCCACGAUACCUCGACCCCACCGAACCCGACGCAGAGAAGCGCGCACGCGACCGUCGCUGGGUGUCCAGCAGCCAUUAUUUCCUCGACCGGCAGGCCUGUCGAUGGAUCUCGCUGUGCGGGCUGCACCAUCUUCGCAAGGACCCCGCAGCGCUGGAUGACCUCGUCGACGGCUUCUGGGAGGAGAACGACAAGAUCCGCGGCGAGUUGAAGAAGAGAGCGACGAAUUGGGAAGAUGACGAGCCCCCGAGGGCGGACAAGAAGCGGGACAGGCACGAGAGAAGACGAGUGGUCGAGGAGAUCCCGGACUAUGUCAACCAGUAUGCGCCGCUAGUACAUCUCUACUCGGGCGAGGAGUUCUGGCCGUCCGACAUCAAGGAGCACGUCCAGCACAUGACCGUCUACGUUGACGGCAUGCCUCUCAAUAAAACCGAAACACCAUGGUCACUAUCCAACCUGGACCAGUUGAACAAGCUCGGCGGGUCUGUUGUUCUGCGUAGCAACGAUGACGUCGAGCAGCGGCCAGACUGGCUCCACAGCCAUGACAGUAUCCCUACGCCGUUUGAGGAAGACCCGAGCGUUGGCAUUGCGCCGCCUCACAAGCACAAGAGCGGUGAUCUGCCCAUUGACCGUGAAUCCACGACGUGGUACGAUGUCGACAAGGCGCAUCCGCUGAACCGCAUAUCCGACCCGCGCAAGACACCCCGUUCGCUUCCUUCGGACCUCCAGCAGGCCAAGCGCUUGACCACGCGCGGUCACAAGCCCGACGCUGAUGGCUACUCGGCUGCUCCCGCCGUGCUCGUUGUCGUCGACAAGGGCUCCGGCGUCGUCGACGCAUUCUGGUUCUUCUUUUACUCGUACAACCUCGGCCAGACCGUGCUAGGCGUCCGGUUCGGGAACCACGUCGGUGACUGGGAGCACUGCAUGGUCCGUUUCGAAAACGGCGUGCCCAGGGGCAUGUACUUUUCUGAGCACGAGGGCGGUCAGGCCUACGCGUGGGAGGCUAUGGAAAAAUCCAGCGAUGGCCGACCCAUCAUCUACUCGGCCGUUGGAUCGCAUGCCAUGUACCCGCUGCCCGGUCCUCAUCCGUACAUUAUCCCCUUUGAUCUGCUGCGGGAUAUUACAGAUAAAGGCCCUCUCUGGGAUCCAGCGCUAAACAGAUACGCUUACCACUAUGAUUACACCCGCGAAUCGUUCGACAGAAACCCGGACACCACACCUGAAGUUCCGCCUGAAGACGUCCUCCUGAAUCAACAGACCGCCUUCCCUCACCACGAGUCAAGGUCUCUGGUGCCAGCCGCCGAGAACCCUUCUGCGCCAACAUCUUGGUUCCAUUUCUCUGGUCGUUGGGGCGACGAGGUCUACUCGCUGGCCGACAUCAGGCAGUGGCGGUUGUUCGGACAGUAUCAUUACGUGACGGGGCCAGACGGGCCCAAGUUCAAGUCGUUGAACCGAUCGACGCUCUGCCAGGCGGAGAAGUGUCGGAUCGCGUACGAGCUUGACCCCAAGGGAACAUGGUACUGA